AUGGAGCAGGCCCAGUUGAAAUCGGGAGUUGCGUACGCACCUUGUGUGGUCCGUGAGUGGUCACCACCGAUCAGAAGCACAGAAGCUCAGGGGUAUUGCGUCUGCGGAGAGGCCGUCGAGAAAAUGUUACAUUUGGGACGUGGUGGAGUACGUUUUGCCAGUUCAACAGCUGUAGCAACAGCAGAUACUAAAGCAGCUAAGCUUUUGGAUUCAAUAAUAAGAGUAAAUCAUGCUGGAGAAUUGGGUGCUGAUAGAAUUUACGCCGGACAAAUGGCUGUUUUAGGAAAAUCAUCAGUGGGUCCAACAAUUGAACACAUGUGGGACCAAGAGAAAAGACACAGAGAAAAAUUCGAAGAGCUAAUUCGAAAGUACAGAGCAAGACCCACAGCCUUGCUUCCAAUAUGGAAUGUUGCGGGAUUUAUUUUGGGUGCUGGUACUGCGCUUAUGGGUGAGAAAGCUGCUAUGGCUUGCACAGUAGCUGUUGAAACGGUUAUUGUUGAACAUUACAAUGAUCAAUUACGAGCAUUGAUGGAAGACAAAAAUCAAGAGGAUGUUGAUCAAGAAUUAUUGGAGACGAUUAAAAAGUUUCGCGACGAAGAACAGGAGCAUCAUGAUACGGGAAUAGAUCUUGGUGCUGAACAAGCUCCGCUUUAUGAUGCGCUGACAAAAAUUAUCAAAGCAGGAUGUAAAACUGCUAUUGCAAUAUCUAAGGUCGUAUGA